GACCAAAGCAGCCGAUUGUGGAGGUUUGUUUUCAAUGACAGUCGCUUGUAGCUAAAGUCAUGGCGCUGCUCAAACAAAGCUGUUGUGUCGCCGGACGUUUCUCCACAAAUCAUCUGUGGAUGAGUCCGAGAUGUAUCACACAUGUUUACAGCAGCACUGUGACUUCUGCGGCGAAGUCCUCCCCAGACAGGGCCGACAGAAAGAAGGAGCUUCUGGGUGAAGAUGGGCCUGACCUACAGGACUUCAUUUCAGGGGAAUUAUCCGAGAAAAGCAAGUGGGUCGAGUACAAAGGGAACCUGAAGAGAGACAAGGGAGCGAGGCUGCGUCUUCCUCCGUGGCUGAAGACGGAGAUUCCCAUUGGAAAAAAUUUCAACAAACUGAAGAACACUCUGAGAGACCUCAACCUGCACACAGUGUGUGAGGAGGCCAGGUGUCCUAACAUUGGGGAGUGCUGGGGAGGAGGAGAGUACAACACAGCCACAGCCACCAUCAUGCUGAUGGGGGACACAUGUACCCGGGGGUGCAGGUUCUGCUCUGUGAAGACGGCCCGUCGGCCUCCACCUCUGGACCCCAACGAGCCCUACAACACAGCCAAGGCCAUCGCUGCCUGGGGACUGGACUACGUGGUCCUCACCUCCGUCGAUAGAGAUGACAUUUCUGAUGGAGGGGCAGAGCACUUUGCUAAGACCGUCUCCAACCUUAAGGAGAGGGACUCCCGAAUCCUGGUUGAAUGUCUGACCCCUGAUUUUCGCGGUGACCUGGCAGCAGUGGAGAAGAUCGCCCUGUCAGGGUUAGAUGUGUAUGCCCACAAUGUGGAGACCGUGCGAGAGCUGCAAAGGUUUGUGCGUGACCCCAGAGCGAACAUCGACCAGUCUCUGAGUGUCCUGAGGCACGCUAAGAAGGUGAAUCCCUCUGUGCUCACCAAGACAUCCAUCAUGCUGGGACUGGGCGAGACCGACCAGCAGAUACACAACACCAUGACUGAACUGCGAGAGGCAGAAGUGGACUGUCUCACACUGGGCCAGUACAUGCAGCCCACUAAACGCCACCUAAAGGUGGACGAAUAUGUGACUCCAGAGAAGUUUGCCCACUGGGAGAAGGUUGGGAAUGAGAUGGGCUUUGUUUACACUGCCAGCGGGCCCCUGGUGCGAUCCUCCUACAAAGCAGGCGAGUUCUUUCUGAAGAAUCUACUGAAAAAGAGAAACACAGAUAUCGCCAUCGGAGAAUGAAAACCACCAAACGAGCAGCUGCUAGAGGCUUGACCCCUUAGUCCCUACCUAUACCUACAUACUUAUAACAACAAAAUCAGCGUAUCUCCUGCUAUACCAUAAUGAAUCUUUGUGAGCUUUACACAUGAAAAACGUUCAACAUUAGUAGUAACAGCAUGGUGUGCAAGAGAAUACAGCUGGUGUAGAAGUACUGAAGUGUAGAGGGACCGUUCUGUUCCUUUUUUGAGCUUUUGUUCUCUCCUGUUCACCCGUAACAACUCAGGUCGUACAUUUUAGUGAGGGAUCAAAGGGAAAGAGCAGCAGUUAUCGGGCUGCAGAUCUCCAGAUAACCUGGGCGCAGCUUUUGUUCAUGAACCGCUGCCAGGAGAAAAUACGACCUGGUGUUAACAAGAGCUGUAAUUUGCCAUCUCUGCACCUCGGGCAGCUAAAUCACAUCCCCCCCUGCCCUCAGGGGCCUGGACUUCAGGAGCAGAGCCACUAAUCUCUCACCAAGCUCUGUUUAUGAGCCCUUUGAUGUCCGAUGCUUCUGGACACAUUUAAUGAAGCGGUUUUUUUGGUCGGAGGGUUUUUGCAGCGACUUAAGAUCUGCUUGCUGAAGAUAUGUACAGUAACACUGUUUUUAAAAUUCUAUGACAUUAAAAAAAAGUAUUUGUUGGGCCCAAAUUGACCUUUUGCCAAGUACAGAAGUAAAGAUACAUUCUUUUUCUACAAUCUGUAUCUGAUGAAAAAACAAUUUGGGUUCAAACUAUACUUUUUUUUAAAUGUGAAAAAUGUAACUUCACACAUGGUGAAAAAAAGUGCGUAUAUUUUGCAGAUAAAUUCUUUGGACAAAAUAAACCUUUAAAAUGUA